AUGGUACCUGACUGCACUGGCACUGCACAAGCAGGAGGGAGAAGCAUACACGCGGAUAAACUGACGAUCCUCGAGGCCCUUGAGGCCUCAGGGGCCCGCAAGCGACGGUUCAAAAGUGCUGCUCUUCUACGGAUACCAAUGGAUCAGCUCGGCGACGACACUAGCGUGCCAACGACGGUGCGGAUCGUGCUUGAGCAGCUCCAUUUGCGAUUGUGA